AUGCCCUCUUACGGACUGCAACCCAUGGCGGAGGCUGCUGGGCUCGCCAUCGGCGCUGUCGCUCUUGUCAGCUUGUUCCAGACUGCAAUUGAGCUUCUCGAAUACUUUGAGGCAGGUCGGGGUCUGGCCUCGGACUCAGAACUCGCCGCUACCAAGCUGAGCCUACUCGAGGCACGGCUUAGGCAAUGGGGGGAUGACCUGCAGGUUGAAUACCCUGGUCAAGAAGAUGGGGGGUUACGCACACGUUGGGCGGAUGAGGGAGGUCUUGUGACAAGGAGCCUCGAAGGCAUCAGCGAAAUCCUGGGAAAUGCGUCACAACUGAGCGAAAAAUAUGGUCUACAUAAAAAGAGGCGGCUUGUCUGGCAUUCCAAUAUCCCUCUCUUGUAUCCUAUUUUACACAGAGCCGACAUACCCAUCUCCUCCCCUCGAAGGUCAUCGAGGAUUUCUCCCUCGAUUCGCAGACAGGCUGUCUGGGCGAUCAAAGACAAGAAGAGGUUCGAGUCUCUGAUAUCCGACCUUGACUUCUUUAUUACCAAUCUGGAGAAGGUCAGCGGCCGUCUGUUAAAGCUUGAUUGUGCUGAUUGUGACGGUUUGGCGCAGUCCAACAACUCCCCUGAAUCAACCAUGGCGUCCAACCCCCCGAAUGAUCUCAUGAGGAGCCUUACAGGGGAUAGACACAGACGGCAGGGAUAUUCUGGAGCAACUCAAACGACUUCUACAAGUAGCGACACGUCGACAAAGUCUGCCUCCGCCGCCAGACCGGAGACGCACCAUCAUUUUAUCAACGUGAAUGCUAGUGGCGAAGCCUUCCAGCCCUUGGGCGACAUCGACAGUGAAAGCAAUUACAAGCACAAGUAUCAGCAUGUUGAUGCGAAAGACUCGGCAUUCCAGCCCUGUGGCAAUUCCAAGAGCCCCGGUCUUAUUGAUCUCCUGAAGCAGCAUCAGGAGGGUUUCAAAAACAGACCGACAACGCAGCACUCACACGGGAACAGGAGGCAGUAG